AUGUCUUUCGUAAUAUUUAACCGACAGCAUUACGGCGGAAUAUCAAGGAGAUCAUUUAAAAGAGACUCAUCAGGUCCGUACAUAUAUUCAAGUCACGAAACUGUGAAGCGAAGUGCUGAUGCAAUUGCCGACGAAUUUUCGCGCUAUGGUCUUGUGUACAUGGUGAAACGGGAUCAGCAAAAGCGGGAGGCGGUCCCAUCGUCAGCGAAAAAACGGUUGUAUAAACGCGAUGCAAUCAAUAAAAAGCGAACCACCUCCGAGACAAAUACAACGGUGGCCGAGAUCAUUGCAAAUUACAAUAACUACAGCAAGCCCCUGAUCAUCUACUACAGUUCGGAUGAAGAGAAGGAAGGGUACUUAACAGAACUCCAAACUAUAUUCGUAAACCCGGAACCCGCUAAACUCAACGAUGAUGGAUGGCCAGAUAAGAGUGUUUAUGACCCGGACAAGGAUGAAAUGUUUUGGUGGCGUAACGAUCCGGUUGCGAAUCAGCAUCAUGAACAUUGGCAUCUGGUGAUGCCUUCAACCAUCAUCGACGGUACCGGUAAAGAUCGGGAAGGAGAAAAUUUUGUUUACAUGCAUAGACAUAUGUUGUCAAGAUAUGACGCAGAUCGUAUCGGAUGUGGUCUUGAACUCGUCGAGCCACUUCCCGAUUAUAUAACUCCCAUACCCGAAGCUUUCUAUCCAGAUCCUCUGCUAUCCCAAGACAACGAUUCGGAUCCCUCGACUCCUCGUGUUUGGUUUCCAGCCCGUCCUGUCAAUGAAAGAAUUAAGGAUAUCGUUCAAGACAUGACCACGUAUUUUAUAAUCUACACGGUUGAAUUCCUGACCCAUACGCGUGAUGAAUUGAUCAAGUGGAUCGAUCACAAUGACACCACCGAUCAUACCACGGAACUGGGGUGGAACGACACGGAAGCUGUUACUCUCGGCAGUAAGCUUGAAUUGAUAUUGCACAACAUAGGGCACGCAGUGCUCGGUUAUAUUAUGCAUCCGUAUAGCAUGGGUUGGGCGCCGAGUGUGCUGGUCGGCGCUCGUGCCGGAUUACGCGAUCCCCUGUUCUGGAUGUGGCAUCGUCAUUUGGACAACAUCUUUGUGAGGUGGCAAAAUCACUUGGGUCCUAACGACUUUCAGAACGACGCUCCGAAUGUCACUAUUCGAACGACCGACGUUUAUCUCGCUUUUACCGACUUACUGAUCAAAAUUGCUCCUGAAGGUGUAAAUGACGAAUGGCAGUCGUUUGGCGACAAGACCUUUGGCGGGGACUACUUUGACAUCGAAAUUUCUAAUGAAACCGUGAUCACUUCGGAAUUGCAAACUAAAAUGAAAAGUCGAACCUUGGUAUGGAGAGAAGAUAAUUUUGACGAGGAAAAUAUCACCUACGUCUACCCAAGGGAUUGGCAAUAUUUUAUUAGAGUGAAGAAUGAUGUGGACAUU